AUGUCCGCCACGCCUAUUAAAUUCUCUGGUAGUUUCUUAAAUACCGAAUUAUUAAGGGAAUUCUCAGCAAAACCAAAUCGUCAAAGAGGAACACGGAUCCCAAACCUUUUAUGGCUUGAAAUUUUGACUGCGAACCGUGCAACACAAACGUUGUCAACUUCGCAAACCGCAACCGAGUUUCGACCUCCAAGACCUGAGCAUUUAGCCGAAUUAGCCCUUGAGAUUGUUGCUAGGGAAAAAUGCUUAGGAUGCCAAAUGCCCGAUGUGAUGGAGGAAUAUAUAAACGAGACAAUGAUUAUUAUUCUUUCCAGAGUCCCAAGUGCGGGGCUUAUGUUUUUUGGCUACGGAAUGGAGAAAGUACCGAAGAAUGAUACUGUGCGAGUUGCAAAUUCGAAUUAUUAUGCGGCCAUUGCGGAGGGCGGCAUCAUGGCGAGAUUUAGAUUGCGGUCUUUGCCAACAAUGAGCCGAAAAGUGAGAGGAACUAAUGGCCGCCCGCGAGAAAAACUAGUUGGGAGGCUCGGAGGAAAUCCUCUUUUCCCUUUAACAAAAAAAGCAGAGAAUGCUUUCACUAUUUAUGGGAAAACUCUCGAAGAAUUGGAAUUUAUGCUUUUUCAAGAAAGAGAACACUGGA